AAACACAGCGGAUGUAAACAGCAAUUUUAUAAUACGAAGUUUGUAUUUGGGUUAACGCGAUAAAUAUUUUCGACUAAUUGAUUUUGAUAUUGAAUUAACGGAAUAAUUGGAAACUGCAAUGCAGAUUUGAUUAGAUAUUUCUCUAACCGAAUCGAGUAUACUAAAACGGUAACAUAUUUUUCAUUUAAAUUGAGCGAAAAUCGAUUUCCAAAUACGUGCCGUAUACAUUUUAGGAGAGAUUUAAAAAAGUUCAUUUAAUAUAUUAGUUAAUGAGAAAAUUGACAAAAUUUUUGUAGAAAGUAGAUUUUGAACAAAAACAAUUUAUCAAACUAAAAUAUACUGACAAACAGGAUUAUCAACAAAGUGAUUUUGAUGCUAUUAUAAUGAAGUAUAUUCAGAAAGAGUCCGAUUCAAGUUAUAAUAACGAAAAUGUCGUUAAAAUAAACCCGUUAGAGGAAGAAGAAGAAGAAGAAGAAAAUGGCAGCCAUUUCGAAAUAUUUAUCGGCGAUUUAUUUUUAUUUGCACAUUCAAACGUUGUUAUACGUUAAAAAAACAUUUUAAAAAUGGAUAAUUUGAUAAUACUACUUUGUAGUUUAUUUGCUACCGGUACUACUAUAAGAGUACCAACUUGGAAUGCAGUUUAUUAUAAAGAUAAUAGAUCAAACCAACCACGAUCUUUUCACGAAUUAGAUAUCCUGUUGACACCGACUAAUAACAGAUGGUCCCCAAUUACAUCAACGCCAAUAAUUAAUACUUUGAAUUAUAAAAAACCGCCACCGAAACAAAUUUACCGUAAAAAUAAUAUUUACGAUAAACCAAUUCAUUAUAUUAGUACAAAAAUAGAUAAUUUUGCGCAAGCGCAACCACAGAUUAAUAAUUACUUCGAUCCUUUCGAUAACGUCGCACCGAUAAAACAAAAUUUCCAACCGCAGGUUUAUACAUUCGAUAAUAAUCGAUUUUUCCAAUUUCCCACUACUACUACUAAACCUCAAUUCGAUCAAAUCCCUCGGAAACGAACAAACGUAGAUAAUUUUAAUGAUUUUAAACCAUUGGAAGAAUUAAAACAAGUCAACAUUAACAAUAAACCGCAAUACGUCAGUCAUCUCGACAAAAAUUAUCGAGACGAUAAAACCCACGAACCGAAUCGAUACGAUCCUCAUUAUAAAAACGAAGACGUUACCGAAAUCGAAAGAGAAGAAGAUGAAAAUGCCCCUACGAGCUCCCACGAAUUUCCAGCCGAUAUUCCUACCAAACCUAUUUACCCGGGACAAGGUUUGUGGGCUAAACCGGGUAUUAAACAUAAACCUUUCGUUAGUAAACAAAAAUACGAUGAAUUAGAAGAAGAUAAAGUAAAACCCGACGGUUUCGAAACCUUCGAAAACGGACAAAAGUUAUUCGAUAAACAAAAUAAAGAAUUUACAAGAAAUCUCAAACUUUUUCCAAAACAACAAGAAUUUAGUGAAAAUAACGAUGAGGUUAACGAAGAUAACGAUGAAAGCGACGAAGAAAACGAAUUUGUUCCUACGAAAUUGUACGCACAAGUUAGAGAAAUCGAAAAUACGGAAUAUUUACCGGAAGACGAAGAUGAUGGAAGAUUGCGAGAAGCGAUUAAAGAAGCCAAAACGCAUACCGUUUAUACGGAGGAAGGUUACGAAGAUAGCGCUUACGAUCACGCCGGACACGAAAAAGAAGCGGCGAACGACGAAGGUUUCGAAGAUAUCGAAAGGGAAAAAAUCGAAAAUAGACCCGCUAAUCGCAAAUACAAUCUUCAUUCGCCGCGAAUUACCACCGCGAAAUUUUCUAUCGGAAACGGCGUUUUAAGCGACGAAGAAAUAGAAAAAUUAAAAGAAGAAAAACUUAAUAUAGAAGAUACGGAUACGGCGGGAAGUCAAUUCGAAGAAAUCACGACGCGUGAACCUAUAAAAGAAAACAAAAAUUUCAUCAGUACCAAAGAAACGAAAACUACGAUGACUAAAGAGAAAGAUAACGGUAAUACGGAAACGGAAUUUUCCGGUAGAAUAGAUACGGUAUUAAAACCGAAUAACGGUACUCACAAAUACGAAAAGGUUUAUCCAAAAGUUUACAAAACGAUCCAGAAAUCUAAAACGGAAAAUAUUCCGAAAACAGUUGAUUUUAGCGGUAUAUUCAUCGAAGAAAUUAUAUCGAGUACACCAACUCCACCUACCGAAGAUUUACCAGAAGAAAUACCAAUAACAACUCUUCCUACUACAGCUAUACCAAAACCAAAUCAAGACAAUGAUUUAGAAGUAUUCGAUGGUUUUUUGCAUUCGAAACAAAGAGUAAAAAGAUACGCGAACGAUUUCUCAAAUCUCGGAUUAAAUUCCGAAUUCGUUCCUUCGAUUAACCACGAAUUAGGUGAAGUAAAAAAAGACGACACAAAUAAUAUAAAAUUUCCUUAUUACGAUAAAUAUAAAGAGAAAGGUUUAAACGAAAAUUCGCCUCUUAGAUACGCGGAAAAUUUACAAAACAUUCCAAAAAAAACUGGCGAAAAUAUGAUUUUCUACGAAGAAGCCGAACGUAAAGUAAAAUGUCCGGAAGUACGAGAAACCGUCGACGCCAUUCCAGAAAGAGUACUAAAAGCCGAAAACGACGAUGAGGAUGAAGAAGACGACGACGACGACGAAGAGAAUAUACCAAAACCAAAAAAACUGGCCGAACAACCGAAAACACCUCGAUUAACAGGUUUAGGAGAUCAAAUCGAUUGUUUGAAAAUAAGAUACUUCGGAGAAAAUCCUCUGGAUAGUCCUAUUUUCAAAGAAGAUAGUAUACAACCGCCGGUGCCUAUUUUUGAUAUUUUAAAACGUCGCAACGAGAAAAAUGGCAAUAAACAACGAAAUAUUGAUAAAGUUUCAAUAAAAAACGAUAUAAACGAUGAUAAUAUCGAAACGAACAAAUUAUUAACGACACCUACAUAUACACCAACUUUAAAACCCAAACAUACACAUCGUCAAACAGAAUUACAAGAUUUUCUUCCCGAAGAAACUAAUAUAGAAAAGGGGACAAUCAUAUAUGAACAAUUUGUAUCGGCAAUACCGAAUUCUGCUAUAAGAGACGUUGAUAAAGGACGAGAAAAACAAAUUUCCCGACAAUCUAAAUCUGUACCCGACGAGAACGAAGAUCAAAAAGAAAUCCUUCCGCAAGCCGAGGAAUUGAGAAGAAGAAAAAUCAAAAGAAAACGACCGCCCUUUCAAAUAUUCGACAUAAACAAAUUCCUACCUACGACGCCUUUCCCAAUAUUCAACGAAAAGAUCCCAACAAAUACAGAAUUGAAAAGUGAAGUUUCUUACAAAGACGAAAUCAAACCAAACGAACAAUUGUACGUUUUAACAGAUAUUUUGAAUAACAUCAAAAAUUCUUCUCAACAACAAUCACCAGAUGAUGCUGCGAUUCAAUCGUCCGAAUCUGUAUAUUUCAAUUUGAAUCCCAAACUUAGUCUCUAUUAUCCUGAUACUUAUCUGCAAGCGUACGAAAAUGACAAUUAUCGUCCUCAAAUCGGUACCACUACGCUAAUACCUGCGACGUUUAAAAGAAAAACGAAAAAACAACCAGUUAGACCAACAGUAGAUCCGGCCGUGGUAAAAGAAAGAGAAGAAAAACUUAAAUUGUAUUUAUCUCUUUUAGAAGCUAAGAAAAGACAAAAAAAUUCCACUACUCCAGAUUACGGUAUAACAAUACCGGUUACAGAAAAUAUUAACGAUUAUAUCGAUAAAACUACUGAAGUAAUGGGUUUGAUGCCGCCCAGUACGCGACGUUAUAAAACAAUUUCGCACCCUAAACGAGAUAAUUCCCUUCAAAUAUCGAAUUCUAUUAUAAAAAAAAUGAAUAAAUACUUCGUUAUAGGAUUGAAACCGCCUCCGAAACAAAAAGUUACUUCGUAUUCGGAUUUUAUCAAAAAUAAACGUAUGUCGGUUAGAAUUAAAAGGAGUACGUCUACGUACGCAACGUUAUCGAGGAAUAAAGAAGAAGAAGAAGAAGAAAAAAAAUCAAAAGUCGUCGAUAACGAAGAAGAUGAAAAACCGCAUCGAUCGAAAAGUUAUUAUUACGACGAAAAAACUGGUAGAAUCGUAUAUAUCACUACGGAGAAACCUGAAUCUCAAGAAGAAGAAGAAGAAGAAUAUGAAGAAAUUACAGAACAACCUUCAUCUACUUUAAAACCGUUACAAGAUCCCGUUUUCGUUACGGCUACACCUCCACCUGAAGGUAAAAGUUACGUAGAUUUCGUAAAUAAACUCCAUGACGAAUCCGGUUAUAAAAAUAUUCCAGAUCCAACUACUACUGAAACAAAUGAAGAAAUUAACACAAUUUCCACUACUACUAAUAUUAUAGCGAAAGCUGAAUCUACUACUCCACCUCCGUUUUUAAAUAUUUUGAAUAAAAUUAGACAAAACAGUGAUUACAAAAUAAUAGAAGAUAUUAAAACUACUACGGAAAAUUACGAAGAAAUUGUUAACGAAGAAGAAAAUAUAAAAAAUUCUCCAGGCGGUUCUAUAAAUGAACAUUACGAACAACUAGGUAUAUUCGACGUAUCAGAUUUUAUUCCAAAAUUGAAAAAUUAUCUACCAAAAACUUCUUACGACACGAGUAAAUACAAAACUAUUUCUAGACCGACAUCUAAACCAAUAAAGGAAGAUGAAGCAGAUUCCACCACUCAAAAAGAAUUUUUAAUCAUUACCGAAGAAACCGACAACGUUAAAGAACCAAGUAUAAUAAAAGAAAAUGAAGGAAUAACUAUACAAAGGAGACGGAUGAAGACAACUACUACAACUACACCUAUUCCAUCUUCUACGGAACCAGUAGCGAAUAAAUUAAGAAGGAGACGUCCGAUUAUUCAUCUUCAUUCGGAUGAAGAUGAAAAAAAUGCAACGAAAAUAGUUAAAAGAAGAUCCGAUAAUACCGGAACUAAUGAAACUAAAAAUGUCGUCGAGAAUUACAGCAGGAAUAAAAAAGGAAAUAACAGAAAUACGGAAAAAUCUUGUAAUAACGCAACCGUCGAAAUUAUCGCAGAUUAUGAUACAGAUAAAAAACACGGUGGUAAUUAUAGAAGUAUAGAAGAAGCUCCGAGUGAAAAUAAAGUUGCCGAUAAUGAAGAAAUCGCAAAUAGAUCAGAUAAAUUGAUUUUAUCGAAAGAAAAUGAAGAAACGACGACUAUGAAGAUGAAUUUGCCGAAGGAAUUUACCAAAAUUGAAGAUGAUUUAAUACCAAAUAGCAGGAAACAGUCAUCGAGAGGUAACAAGCAUAAACAAGUUAAUGAAACUACUCCGACUCGUUUAACUGACAUCGUUCCUAAACCCGAAUCUUUUUACAAAGAUCCAAAUUUAUCUAAAUCCGUAAAUACUUUGGAAAGCUACAGUAAACCCACAAAUGAAGAAAUUGAGGGAAAUGAAGAACCCGAAAAAAUGCUUAAAUUCGCUUUUAAAAACAAACCAAAUAUCGUAAAAGAUCCUAGCAAAAGAUUGUAUUAUUACGCCCCUAUUUAA